UGACACACUCACCAUAGCAAUGCAUAUGGCUAACUGGACAGCCGUCAAUGAAAACAAUUGAAAACAAGCAACAACAACAUAUCAAAUUUGGAGCAAGCAUGCGACCUGUAGUGCUUUUGCUUCUUGGGAUUCAUCUCGCAUUUGCUGGAACCCACUCUCUGCAAUACCUCUACACCCUGGUUUCUGGGAACAUUAAUAUCCCAAAGUUCACAGUGGUUGGUCUGGUCGAUGAGGAACAGUUUAUGAACUUUGACAGGAAGACAAUGAAAGUUGUCCCAAAGCCAGACUGGAACAGUGCAGAUCAAUGGGACAGAGAGAAUCAGACUUUUCUUGGUCACUAUCUGGAAUACAACUACACCAUGCAAAUGAUAAUAGAUGUAUUUAAUCAUUCCAUGUCAGAAGGUGUUCACACUUUGCAGGUGAUGUACGGCUGUGAGUUGGAGGAUGAUGGUACUACUCGAGGAUACUAUCGGUUUGGUUAUGAUGGAGAAGAUUUUAUCAGCUUUGAUAAAAACAACCUCACUAAUAAUGCUGCUAAUCCUCAAGCUCUCAUUUUUAAGAAAAAAUGGGAUCUUAACAGAGUUAGAGGACAAUACUGUAAAGCAUACCUGGAGAACACAUGUAUGAAGCGUCUGAAGAAAUAUGUGAGCUACAGCAAAGACACUCUGGAAAAAAAAGCUCCAUCUCAGGUGUCUCUAUUGCAGAAGAACUGCUCGUCUCCAGUUAUCUGCCACGCUACAGGUUUCUACCCUAGACACAUAAUUAUGACCUGGAUGAAAAACCAUGAAGAGCUUCAUGAGGAUGUGGAGGUCAGUUCAACUUUACCAAAUGCAGAUGGAUCGUUCCAGAAGAGCAUCAGUCUCUCAGUCAAUCCUGAGGAGUGGAUGAAUAACCCAGAUGUCUACAGAUGUGUAGUUCAACAUGGAAACCAAAAAGAAAUCAUUCUCUCUCUGAUUAGAAGCACAAUCAGGUCCAAUGAACCCAAUGAUGGCGGCAUUAUUGCAAUUGUUGGAUCGGUGUUGGCUCUCAUAGCUAUCUGUGGUGUCUUUAUUGUCAUAAAUGGACUCAUUGUGUGGAAAAAGUCCUGGCAGCUUAAGCCCAUAUUCAACAGGUUAUGUAAAGGGCAGUAGUAAGUAGGGUUGUAUGGUCUACUGGUGCUACCGUAGCAUUGCGAUGCCAAGGCAUCAUUACUAUACUUGUUAUGGGUCUGCUAGGCCUGUUAUUUGGACAUCUAACCAUAACCCUACUUGGAUGUCAUUAUGCAGUUCAACAUUUGAACGUCGGACACUGUAAAAAGUAUUUUAUGGUUUUGCUGUUUCAACUUAAUUUUUUAAGUUGAUAUAACUUGCAAUUUCUGAAUUUAUUCAUUCAACUUUAAAAAAGUUUUACUGUCUCAACUACACAAAAAAUGCAUUCACUAAAUAAAUAAAGUUUUUUUUCCCAUCCAAAUAAAAAUCUUUAGGGUAAUGGUUCACAUCUAUAUUUAUAACUUGAGCCAUUGAAAAACAAACAACUUGCCCUAAACAAUAUUUUCUACAAUAUGAAAACCUGGCAAAAGUAUAUUUUUCUUGUUGAAGAAAGUCCAUUAAAUGUAAUUCUAGUCGAGUGUUUUUUUAAUGUUUUAUGAAAGUUUUUGUGUAAAUGUUAGA